CCCCGAGGGUGAUGAUGCUGCUACUGUCCCCCGGCCGGGGGCGCCCUGCAGUUCGUCCUUCCCUCCCGGAACUGGGCCGACCCAGAGCGCCCCGCCCCACCGCCCAGGUUUCGAUUCCCUGCAGGCCUCUGGCUGCGGCGCGGCGGCCCGAAACUGGGGUGAAAAUGGCGGGCACGGCGGCGCUAAGCAGGACACCUGGAGGGCUGGGCCCCGAGGAGCCCGAGGACGCGCGCGGCUGGCGCUGCCCGGAGCAUGGCGACCGCGCGGCCGAGCUCUUCUGUCGCCGCUGCCGCCGCUGCGUGUGCGCGCUUUGCCCGCUGCUGGGCGCGCACCGCGGCCACCCGGUCGACCUGGCGCGGGAGGAGGCGGCGCGCGUGCAGAAAUUCACCCAAGAAUGUUUAACGCGGCUGGCAUCCAAGAAGCAGGAGCAAGUUGGCAACAUAACCCAGAUAGAAGACGCUGCUGAGAAGCUCAAGGCUCAUGCAGAGUCAAGUAAAACCUGGCUGACAGGGAAAUUCACUGAACUCAGACUGCUGCUUGAUGAAGAGGAAGCGCUAGCCAAGAAAUUCAUUGAUAAAAACACGCAGCUUGCGCUCCAGGUGUACCGGGAGCGGAUAAAGUCUUGUGGGGAGCAAAUCGAUGUCAUGGACAACCUCUCCAGCAGGGUUUGGAGUAUCAGCCAGGAGCCCAAUCCUAUACAGCUGCUGCAGGAGUACACAGCUGCUGAGCAGCAGAUCCAGCGGCAGAUGAGCCUGGGCGAGGUAUGCCAGCCCGUUCCCUUCUCCUUCGAGCCUGUCAAAAGCUUCUUUAAUGGCCUCGUGGAAGCCAUGCAGAGCCUGCUACAGACGCCACUGGACGUCCGCCUUAAGGAAAACAUGAACUGCCAGCUCUCAGGCUCCUUCAGCGCCAAGCCAGGUUCCUUGCUGAAAACAAGUCCUUCACCAGAACGAUCGCUCUUCUUAAAAUACGCACGCACGCCCACGCUGGAGCCGGACACAAUGCACGCGCGCCUGCGCCUCUCGGCCGACCGUCUGAUGGUACGCUGUUGCCUCUUCGCCCGACUAGGGCCCGCGCCCACGGUGCGUUUCGACUCGCUAUGGCAAGUACUGGGUCGAGACUGCUUCGCCGCAGGCCGCCACUACUGGGAAGUGGACUUGCAGGAGGCGGGCAUCGGCUGGUGGGUGGGCGCGGCCUACGGCUCCCUGCGGCGCCACGGGGCCACGGCCGCCUCCCGCCUGGGCUGCAACCGCCAGUCCUGGUGCCUCAAACGCUAUGACCUCGAGUACUGGGCCUUCCACGACGGCCAGCGCAGCCGCCUGCGGCCCCGUGAUGACCCUGACAGGCUUGGCGUCUUCCUGGAUUACGAGGCCGGUGUCCUAGCCUUCUAUGAUGUGACAGGCGGCAUGAGCCACCUGUACACUUUCCGUGCCGCCUUCCAGGAGCCGCUCUACCCAGCCCUGCGGCUCUGGGAAGGAGCCAUCAGCAUGAUCCGACUGCCCUAGGGGCCGAGACCAGAGUAACCUCCCUAGGCUCUCCGUGGUUCUGGUCCCACCCCACCCAGAUGUGGCUGGUCUAUGGCCUCCUCUCUAAGCCUCCCAUUCUCUCCUCCACCAGUCAUGCCCUGCGUUUUAAACAGUUCUCCUAGGUAGGCGAGUUUCAAACAUGCUCUAAACACAGGUCCUCUUGCUGCUGUCUCAUGGGAACCCCCCUACCCCCCAGCACUUACACUACACUGCUUUUAGUCCAGGUUCCUAAAAGGACAUACCCACAAGGUGAGCCCUAAGCAUCCUGACGAUGUUAGAAUACAUUAUUCUCAGCCUCAGAACAUUCUCCCUCAUACAGCACCCAGAACUGCCUGGUACAUAGUAGGCACACAAUAACUAUGUGAAUGAAUGAGUCACUAAGACUCUUCUAUCCCUGAAUGUCCCUUGGAUCUGCUUCCUCCUCUCCACUCUACUUCAGCUUGUCCAUGUCACCUCCCUUAAAAGCAGCUGCCAAGAGCUUCUUAUUGUCUCCUGGCUUGAACCCUUCCCAGUGCUCAUCCUCCACCCUACUGCCAGAAUGUUCUGCCUGAAACCUCACUUAACCUCUCAGAACUAUCAAAAGGUUCCCAAUGACCACCGUGGGGGGGGGGGAGCACUUUACCUUAGCAUUCAAGGCUUUUCUAGUCUGCCCCAAAGCUACUUUUCCUCAUCUAGCUCCUUCUGCUCUUUUCAGAGACCCUCCAAUCAGAACUGUGUGUCACAGAUGCUCCUCUACAUCGGUGCCUUUGCCACUUCCUACACCAACACGUUUAUACAGGAAAGCCCUUUUUUCUUUUUUCCUGUCCAGGCUUAAAUGCCCCAGGAAGUUUACAGAAGCCACAAGAAUCUCUCUCUCUUACUGUCAGAUCCACAAUCUGGGACAUGUCUUUCCAAUUAGAUUGGAAGAUUUCUAAGGGCAGCCAUGUCCUACACCCUCCACACCCUGAAAAGUUCAGAAAGUCCCUUCCCUCCCAGGCAGUGAAUGAAUGACCACCAGCUGGCUAGUCCUGAAUCACAGAACAGCUGAGAUGGGAGGACCUCACAGACCAGGCAGCCGGACCACGUUGCACAUUUGGGGAGAAUAAGGUCCUGCAAGAAAGUUACUUAAAGUCACCCACAGUGAUUAAGGGCUUCCCCCCCCCCCCCCCCCAAGCAUGCGUCUCAUUUGCCACCUGGCCCAGCCCUUCAGGCCCAGCUUUCAACCUGGGAGAUUUUACUGCUUACUCAUUUCUCAGGGGAUGUUGGGAAGAAAUCAGCAGGUGACAGUUGCUAAGCAACCACAGGCAGUUUUCCCAACUGUCUUAGAAUCAAAAAGACAUGAACUGUGAGUGGGGAUGGGGCAUCCCUAUGCUCCUCAGAUCCAAGAUGUUGGCAAGGAAACCCAGAGAGCCCUGUUUUCCAGGAAGCGAUGGAAAUAGAGAAGGCCACAUCAGCAGGCCUUGCCAGGGAGGUCAGUGCGUCUAGCAGGGAAGGAAGGGCCUCCUUCCAGGGUCUGUGCUUCAGUUCUGAAGGCUCAGCACCUUGACUUGCUGAAUUUGUUAGGUGGUUUUGAAGUUAGACUAUGUUAAAGUAUCUCCCUAGGUGCUUGGCAGGAGGCAGUGGCAGAGUGAAGAAAAUGCAAAGCUGAAUCCCCCUCACGGUUUAAACAGACUCUUGGUGCAUUAAUUAGUUUGAACUAUAUAAAGCUGCCAAUUUCCAAUAGUUUUUGACCUAAAAAGUGGCACUUUCCUGGGGGGCAAUGUAAUACAAGUAGACUACAAGGCAGAAGGAAUCUCAAAAGCUGCUUUAGUUCUAACCAAAUCAUUUAAAACUCUAGCUUGGAUAGAUGUCUAAGCGCUAUGCUCCGGGAAUCCUGAGAAAAGGGAAAUUAAUUCUACUUGAGAUGGCCCAGAGCUGAAUUCUGACAGGCAGAGGGCAUUCCUGACAGAGGAAGACGGGUACACUUGACCCCACAUUUCUGUUCAUCCCUGCAAACCAAGACUUGUUCCCAGACCCACAGCCUCAGGGGCCAAGUAAAAAUACUUGCUUAUUUUGUCAAGCACUGUUCUAAUGCUUUACAACUAUUAACUCAUUUGAUCCUUACAUCAUCUCUAGGAGGUAGAAAGUUAUCCCAAUUGUACACAGAAUGACUAAUGUGCCCAAGAUCACACAGCUAAUGGUGGAGCUGAAGCCCAUGCUCAUCCACCAUGUUUGGGUGAACGCAGCCGGUCUCUAGCCAGUGCCUACCUGCUCUGGCCCCUCUCUUGUUAGGCCUGUGGUGCUUUGCUUUUGCCCAGUUACUCUGAGACUUGAGUCUGCCUUUGGAUUACCUUCCUGGGGCUCUGAGAUGAGUUCUUACACCUAGAAGGGGAUUUGAGAGUUUGGGAUGCAUGUAGCAGAGCCAGAGCUGGAUAAAGGGUGAAAACUGGCUUUAACCAAAUUCUGACUCUGUGCCAGGGCUGCUGCCAGCCAGAGAACUGUAGUUUUCAUCCACAAUCAGUUGUGACCUCAAGCUAGUCACUGUACUUAUUGAGGCAUCAUCCUUAAAGUGGGUUUAAUGUCUACCAGUGCUGUGAGGCUCAAAUGAGCCAAAGGAUAUGAACUUGCUUUAAAAACUGUACAGGGCUGUACCAUGCCAGGACCUAUUAGCAUCCCCAGCAGAGUCCCUGUUGUGCCUGGCACAGUGCGAGACAACCGAUAUUCCUAGCUGCCAUCUGGCAGUAGCAGGAGCCUCCGUGAAUGUUCUCAACACAGGACAGAGUUCCCUUGGGGUCCAUGUCUGUAUAAGGGUUCUGAUCACUUACUCUCCUUCAGACUUGAAUCUACAGAAGUUUCUUUACUGAGCAUAAACUGCUUGCAGAUAUUUUUAAGAGACAGCAAUUUUCUAAUAUGUGGUUUGUUUUAAUAAAAUACGAAUACUGUCUCCUUUAACCAUGUUCUUCACUGGAAGUUCAUGUUGCUUCAAGUACACACAGCACCUAGGCCUGAGCAGGGCCUUGCUCACCUCCCACCCUCUCCACAACUCUCUCAUAGUCAGCUGGUCCAUCUAGUGAUGGAGAGUUAGUUCACUGUUUCUAAGGUAAUUCACCAAGUUCUUGCUUAUGUGGAAACAAAUUCCUGCCUCCUGGGCUGUUCCUAUCCAAGACAGUAUUAUGUAGCUUUUGGCAACUUUAUAAUCAUCCUGUAGCAACACUGAAGCCAAUUUUUAGAGAUUUCAUGGACCCUCCCUUGCCUACUGUACCAUCUCUUCUGUUUCUGCAAUUCCACUUUGUCAGGGAGCAGGGGACAGUGAUGACAGCCUGGUGGAGGCACAACCUCGCAGGAGGCACAGAGAUGGCCCUGCACAGCCAGGGCCUGGUGGGCAGGAGGCUCUACUAUGCAGAGGGGAGAGCCUGCCCAAGAAGCCAAGCUGCAAAGGAGGUGGGGUGGGUACGCAUAAGAGUGGGGGGCAAGGUUGAGUCCACCAUGUCCUGCUCUAAAGCCUUCUAUGGCGCCCCAUUACUUACAGAACAAAGUCAAAUUCAGCAGGCUUUUAAGCCCUUGCUUCCUUUCUGACCACCUUCCAAACCCUUUCUUUCCUCUCCAUGUGGCCAUUCCCUGCCAAACCAUCACCUGGACACACAGGGCACUUCCCAUGCCCCAAAUCCCACAAUUCCUCACUUGGUCACUUCUCAACGUGCAAGGCUAAACUAAAGUGCUACCUCCUCCAGGAGGGCUUCCCUGGCCAACAUCUCUUCUCUCAUUGCCAUUCCAUAGCUCCCAUGACUCUUGAAAAAUAUCUUAGCAAUUCACAAAUGCAGCAUGCUAUUAGUGGAGUUACCUGCACCCAACAGGCUGUCAACUCUCCAACAGGGUCCAUCUGCUGCCUCUAUGGGCCCAACAAUGCAUCUCCCACCUGGCAGGUGCUCCACAUUCCCCAACUCCCUUACCCAUCUCACUGCAUAUGUCACUUUCUAGACCUGAGCUUCCCAACCUGAAUGGGCCAGAGCUGUGCCCAGACAUCCAUCCUCUGCCCUCGGGGCCCAGCACAGCAUGAAGGGGCCAGCUACUCCUGGCCGCAGGCAGCCCCGUACUUUACCCACACAUGUCAUACACAGGCUGUUGUUUUCUCUACGUGCCCUGGCGGGAAGCGUGUUCUGGACACUGGCCCUCCUUCACAGUUCUCUCCAACAUGUUACACAGUCCUCCACCCAAAAGGUAGAGUUAAGACCUAUACUCUCAGUGGCUCUUCCAACUCUGAGCCUCACUGGCCCCUGCCCUCUGAGGGAAAUCCAGCUGAGGUCAGCAGAGCAGCCUGGGCCCUUCUAACAUUACAGUCUCACAGGACCUGGAGGCGACUGACUGGUUCCCUGCUAGAAACCACCUGCUGCUCAUUCUUAGCCAGACCCUUCCCUCCCUUUCUUCCGGACCCACAUCCUGUGUCCAGGCCCUGGAACACAUCCGUCUCCUACCAUACUAUGUCUCCUCUUACUAGGAAGUCUCAGUUACUUGCUUUAGUGUCAUCUUCUCUGCUGUUGUAGAAGAAAAAGGCCGUGGAAUCAGCAAUUUUGACUGUCUACUCACGAUCUGUUUAUAGGAGAAACAAAAGGGAGUAAAGAGCAGGCAGAAAUGGGCGCUCCCACACUCCAGCACUAGCACGUCAACUCUGGGUUCUCUUUGACACGUGAGCACAACCUCGGAGUCCCACCCCAACGCACCCACACACACAAACACGAGUGCCUUUCCAGAAACUUCCGGGAUCCAUAGGAGAGGGAGGCUCUAUCCUCACAAGUAAAGAAACUUCAAAAGGCAAAUUUAUGCAUUUGAAAAGAGACUCAAAUAUAUACCUUGAAACAAGAGGAGUUAUAGUAACCAGGUCACAUAAAUAUGAACAAAGAUUAAGAAUUUGAAAAUAAUCAUUAAUCCCACUAUUGGUUCAAAAGAACAAAGAGGAAUAUGAUACGGAAUCUCUAUGAAAUGUUCAUGCUGCAGUUCAAGGAAGUAGAACAGUGAGGGUUUUUUGUUAGCUGGGUUUGUAGUUUCUCUGUGGAUCACGGAAGGGCUGAUUUCAGCAUCACCACCGUAUUUACGAGUCACCACAAGCUGCAAAUACACCAAGACCCACAUCCCCCAACUCCCUUACCCGUCUCACUUCCAACACACUGCAGUUUACUUACUGUGCUCACGGCUUACGGUGCAUCUGUCCCCAUCUGAACGGACGUCCCAUAAGGAAGGGAUUCACUGCUGUAUCCUCAGGCCCUAAAGCAGGGCCUGGCACAUAGUAGGCCCUCCAUAUUUGUUGAAAGAAGGAAUAUUAUGCCAUUUCCCUCUUUGCUCAGACACAUGAGUACUUUGGGCAUUUCUUUGCCUGCAAGACACUCUGGCCACCCCUUCUCUAAUGCCGAGUUGUCGCUAUACAGUUAACUACUCGGCCCCAGGGCGGGCGGAGGAUAAGGGCAGUGGAGAAGGAGAGACAGCUGAAGGUCUGGAAGGACGGGAGAUUUCGGGUCAUUAGGGAUGACUUGUGGGCAGGAAGAAGGCAGGCUGGAAGGAGAGGGCCCAUUCAGCCAGUACUCACGCCUCUGCACCCUCACAGCAACUGGAGGGUGAUGAGAUGCUUCUGAGCCCACCUCACGUUCUGGGCCGGCCAACCUGAGGCAGAGGCUGCUCCUAUCUGCUCUUUGAAUCCCUGCACCGGGCCUGGUCCAGGGCCUGGCCCCAAAAUGUCUGUUGUCUGGGCAUGGAGGGGAUGAAAGCCAGGUCCCUGGAGACAACCACUCCCACCCCAUUUCACUCAAAGGCACCUGACAGUACCCACAAGGCAAUUCAGAAUUCAGAGAAUGGCACUUUAUUUUAAGACUUGAUUUUUUUGCCAUGAUUUUCUACCGAUUCUUCCAUGAUCGUGUCGUCUUCUUCAACAGUGACCAGGACCUUCUUGCCCACUAGACUAAAGAUGUCUUCAGGAGGAUAGCCUUUGGGCUCACCCACCUUCACAGUGAGCAUGUCCAGUGUUAAAAUGGUGCCCUCUGGGAUUUUCACUUUGGCCACCACAGACUUGCCCAGCUGUGGAUAAAAUAAAGACUCAGUGCCAGCCUCACAGAAAUAACUAACACAUGCUGCUUUAUCCCCAAGGUCCCCGAUCGGUAUUCUUGCACAGGGUACCUUGAAAGCAGGGACUGUUUUCCCCUUUGGUGCCUAAAACAGUAUCUCACACACAGCAGGGACUCAGCCAGUGUCAAGGGGACUCAGAGGAGGGGUCUUUGUAAUAAAGUACUCAGGAUGUGGAGCCAAAGAGCCAGAUCCAAAUCGUGGCUGAGUUUCUCUGUAGAAUGGGAAACAACAGUGCCUCUAUCUUGUCACACAACUAUAAGGAUUAAUGAUAAUAAUGUAUGUAAUCUACCUGGAACGUAGAAUGCUCUCGAUAAAUAAAAAUUAAGAUUACUUUGUCA